GUCGAGGACGAAGCUCUCCUGCACACACAGUGCGGGAUCCGACACGUUUGAGCCAGCGACACUCAGAACUCCAAAGCGCACCAUCUGUGAAGCCGUGUCCUGUCCAGCAGCUCCAGGAUGUUUUACAGCGUUCUGGCUUUGUUAAUCAUAUCUGGACUUUCACGCGGUGAAGAGACUGCUGAUCGCGGAGGAGCUCCUGGUGCCGUUCCCUCCCCUGGGAAAGGACAGCGCGGAGACCCGGGCCGGCCUCGCAAGACGAAGGAGAAAGAGGACGUCCUGGAUUCCAACCACGCCGCGCUGCCUGUCACCGAGCGGCGGAACGUGCGCAGGGACUGGUGCAAGUCCCACCCGCUCAUCCAGACCCUGACGGAGGACAGUUGCAUGAGCCGCACAGUGGUCAACCGCUUCUGCUAUGGGCAGUGCAACUCGUUCUACAUCCCCAGCCACGAACACGGCGGGGCUCCGUUCCGGUCCUGCUCCUUCUGCAAGCCCAAGAAGUUCAACACUGUCACUGUCACUUUCAACUGCCCCAGGCUUCACCCCCCAUCAAAGCGUCGGCGCAUCCAGCUGGUGAAGGAGUGCCGCUGCAUCUCCAUAGAUUUGGAUUAG